UGAUAUCUACUGAAGUCGGCACAGUCAGUUGCGAAUUGAAUCAUUGAGGCAACGUUUGAAUUUGUACGGUUUUGAAUUUUUAGAAGUGUUAAAGGAAAUCUGUUCAAUAAAAUGAAGUUCUUGGCUUUGACAUUAUUUGUGUGCUUGCUGAUUGUUGCUCUGGUAUUAGCCGUUCCCGCCGAGGAGUCAUUACCGGGCGAUCUUUACGACCAAGAUGAACAAGGGCACCAGAACUUUUUCAAACUAAAGAAAAUCAAGAAAUUGCUUCUGGGCUAAACUAAAUAAAUAGUGAAGUUUUUGUUUUAGUUCAUAGUAUUCGCCACCUUACUUGUGUUCAGUAUGAACUUAAUUCAUGGUUUUCUUUGGUAUUCCCAAAAAUAUUAUUUUAUAGCUGUUAAAGAUAAUUCAUUGUUCGUUUUGCACAUUUCAGUACUAAAUAAAUAAGAAAAUAAUAUUUGUAAAUAUCCAUUUAAUAGUUUUGUACAUAUGUAUAUAUUGAUUGUGAAUAAAUACACCAAAAAAUCAAAACCAAAUUUGGGCAAAAUAUUAAAGUGA